AUGAUAUCAUUUGAUUAAAUUCUAGAAAAGAAAAUUGGGACUGGAUUUUAUCAAUUCAAAACUAUGUCUAUUGUUGGACUAGUUGAGUUUUGUAAUGGAAUAUUGUUCACAUUUAUGUCAAUCAUGAUGUCAAUUCUUAAAUCUGAAUGGAGUUUAACUUCAUCCUAAAUAGCUAACAUUGGUUCAUCAUAUUUAUUAGGGAUAGUCUUGGGGAACAUACUAUGUGCUUUUCUUGUAGAUAAAAUUGGUAGGAAAACAACUUUUGCAUUUUCUACAGCAAUUUGUGCGUUUUUAUGUUUUUAAAUAAGUUUUACUAAUACAUACAUAGAAAUGAUCCUUUUAAGGUUGUUAUUUGGAGCAAUAUUUGGGAUAACCUAUUAAUUAGGAUUUAUUAUCCUCUCAGAAAUUACUGAAGCAAAAUUUAGAGGCCGAUUUAGCUUUUCUGUUUCACUCCUUUUUGUUUUAGGAAAAAUAUGUUUAAUAAUUCUUUGUUUUGUAUUUUUAGAUAGUUUGGAAUCUGGAAAUUGGAGAGGUUUGAUGCUGUUUAAUGGAAUACCAUUAACUAUUGCAUUUGUACUUUCAUUUAUUUUUUUAAAAGAAACCAUCAGAUAUUAAUUAAACUUAGGAAAAUUUGAAUAAGCAUUUGAAGAAAUUGAAAUAAUUUUAGAAGAAAAUGGAAAGGAAGAUCGUAUAUUAAAUGAAGAAGAAGUAAUUUAUAAAGCAAAUAUUAUUAUAGAAAAAAGGAUUAUAACUUUGGUAAGAGAAAUAAUAAGUUGAAUUUUAAGAAUAACAAUUGCAAAAAUAUGGAAUAUUUUCAUCUGAAUAUAAAACUAUCACACUUUUACUUUGGUUAAUCUAUGUUUUAGCUAAUUUUUAAAGUAUGACAAUUUAUCUUUUAAUGCCAUUCUUAUUAGCUCAAAAGAAUUCAGGAUUUAGUCCAAUGCUAAUUUUGUUUAUCAUCGAAUUCUGCUUUUCUAUUAUAAUCUAUCACUUUAUAGAUAAUCCUCAUUAUGGUGGUAGGAUCAAUAUUAUAGCCUAUUCUGGAGUUGCUUUAUUAUUAUCAAAUGGAUUGUUAUUUAUUUUUUAAGAAAAAAUUCUUUAUCUUGGCUUAUUUGUCAUUAAAAUUGCAACAAGAGGAUUGUUUUCAACUAUAGGUAUUUUAGCUUGUGAAAGUUAUCCUUUGUAUCUAAGAUCAUAAGGAUGUGGUAUAGCAUAGGCAAUAGGUAAAAUAGGAGUGAUUCCUUCUCCAUAUUUUUUAUUUCCUCUUUUAUUUUUUGAUCCUUAUUUACCAUUUUUAUUAAUGGCAUUAUUAUCAAUUUUAAUUUUGAUUUUUGCAUAUGUUUUUGAUAAAGAUAAAACACAAAAACAUUUAGAAACAUUAAAAGAAGAAUGA